CUUGCCCAUUCUUCAUGCCUAGACUCAUCGACUAGCAGUCAUGCGCUCCUAGCAGGCUUCUAUCAUACGAGUACUUCUCAAUAUCGGUUCUGUACUUAGACUUUUCUGUUGACAGUCGCUCGAAAGGGUGUUCUUGUCUUUGAUCUACCGACAUGUCGACGGUUUCUUUUCACCGCCGUCUUCUGGCAGCAUUCAGUGUUUCGCUUCUUUUUGCCAUCAUCUUCUCUGUCAGAUAUUUGAGUAUUGACUCUAUCUUGCCAGCUCAGCUCAGCGGCUCGUCAAUAUGGAAGACUAAGGGCACAUCGAUCGAUGUUGCACCUGUUACAACAGCGCCUUCGCUGUUCAGUACCCCUCCUCAAGCACCCAUCAACUUUAGCUUAUCAGCUGAACAAAUUCACAGUGCUGCCGAGAAGCUCAUCAGAGAGGCACAAGCAGCACACGACGAGAUCGCUUCGUCCAAAGUGGCCGACUUUUCGAAAGUCGUCAAACCACUGGCGGAAGUCCAAAGCGAUUUUUUGCGUAAUGGACAUCUGACAUUCCUGUACACCGUUUCAGCGGAUGAAUCUGUUCGUAAUGCGUCUACACAAGCAGAGCAAGACAUCAUGGACUGGAUGGCGGAUGCUGAAAUGCGUGAAGACCAUUUCCAUCUUGUGCAACAAGUAGUCGAUGCUGGCUUACAAGACCUUGAUGAAGAAGAUGCACGACUUGCUACAUUCAUGGUUCGCGACGGACACGCGCGUGGAUUAUCAUUGAAUGUCACACUACGCAACCGUCUCAUUCAGAUCGAGAAGGAGUCAGUCACGGUUCAGCUAGCGUUCGAGAGAGCCCUUGCGAACAAUGAUGAUGCACUUUGGUUCACGGACCUCGAAUUGGAUGGCGUACCGCGUGAUCUGGUAGAGUCUUGGCAGUCUAAUGCCGAUGGGAAACAUAAAAUGACCUUCGCCUACCCACACUAUUUCCCAGUCAUGAGCUACUGUCGGAAUGCAACCACGCGGAAAGCUGCUGCGAGAACAUACCAGUCGCGUUGUCCAAACAAUACUGAUUUGCUCAUCGAAAUGCUCGCUUUGCGGCGAGAAGCAAGCGACAUACUUGGGUUCAGCAACACUGCCGAUCACCUGCUCCAAGACAGUAUGGCAAAAGAUAGCCCGCGCGUGUUGGACUUUUUGAACACCCUCAAGACAGCAAUCGCCUCGUCUCGCGACAAGGAUCUGGAACAGUUGGGCAAAGUAAAGACUGACGCUGGUGGCCAGCUUCCUCUGUAUGUAUGGGACACCAGCUUCUACGACAACACUCUUCUCGAACAACAAUAUCACGUAGACGCGGAAAAGGUCGCCGAGUACUUUGAACUCACCAACACUAUGAGGGGUAUGCUCAAUAUGUACGAAAAGCUCUUCUCGUUGCAUUUUGUCUUGCUCGACGAGACGAGCAACCUUUGGCAUGCUGAUGUACAGCAAUAUGCUGUGUGGCGACUCGACACUGGCGACUUUGUUGGUUACAUAUAUUUCGACUUGCAUCCAAGGGAGAACAAGUUCAAGCACGCUGCUUCCUUUUCAAUCUCACCUGGAUUCCUUGAAAGGAACGGAUCCCGACAUUACCCCAGCAAUGCUAUUGUCUGCAAUUUCUCCGAGCCCAAAGAUGGCAAGCCGUCCUUGUUGAAGCACUCGGAAGUCGAGACACUUUUCCAUGAGCUUGGCCACGGAAUACACGCCCUGGUUGGCAAGACAAAGUAUGCUCGAUUCCAUGCGCACACAGCAUCAGACUUCAUGGAGACGCCCUCCACCAUGCUAGAGUAUUGGGUCUGGCAUCCGGAAGUGCUCAAGCACCUCUCUAGCCACUACCUGACGGACGAACCAAUGCCAGACAGCCUGAUGAAAGAUCUCAUCAGGACGAAGCACGUCUUGUCCAGCAUUUCGAAUGCACGCCAGAUUGGGCUUGCGACCUUUGAUAUGCGCAUUCACACGGCAGCCGAGCCAUUCACCAAAGAUCAGCUCACGACGCUGUACAAUGAAUGUCUGACUGAUGCAGAUGGUAUCCUGCGUCGUGACCAGUCAGCAGGAGAUGUAUAUACACCCGGCCAAGGCUCCUUUGGUCACAUCAUGGCAGGGUACGCAGCCGGAUACUACUCGUAUCACUGGUCGCGUGUCUUUGCAGCCGAUUUGUACUAUGGUGCUGGAUUCAAUGAGCGUCCUCUUGAUCCAGAACUGGGCGCUCGCUACCGGGAUGAGAUUUUGGCGCCAGGUGGUUCAAGAGAUGAGGAAGUCAUGAUGGAGCGGUUUCUCGGCAGAAAGCCAAAUAAUGCCGCCUUUUUAGCAGAGUUGACAGAUGUACAGUGAGAGGUAGGGAUAGAAUUGUUCAUUAAGAAAAGUGCUAAAGAUAUGCC